AUGAAUGAUCUUCUUCCGCCUGGGAUGCAUGUCAUCCCAUCUGAGUUGCUUGACACACGCCCCGACGCAGAUAUCGACUUUGACCUGGCUCACCCCUCGCCAGUGACUGGCGUCAAGAAUAUUUGGUUUUUCUGGCACUCUGGCUAUGCCAGCAUGCAUUCAUAUACGCAACGGACCGUGCGCGCAUGGCAUCGUCGAUUCACCAAGCAAGGGUGGAGUGUACGCAUUAUCGACCGAUUACCUGGCUCAAAAAGCAAUAUCUCCGAGUUCCUGGAUAUUAGCGAUCCAAAACUGUUCCCACUUGCCUUCACCAAUGAGACUCUUACGGGCCCGUACGCGCUACAACACACUUCAGACCUUGUGCGCUGGCCACUUCUCCUACGGUAUGGCGGCGUCUAUGCCGAUGUAGGGUUGAUGCAAAUCGGAGAUUUGGAUAAGCUAUGGAACGAUAUUAUUGCAAACCCCGACUCGCCUUAUGAGGUUCUAUCUUAUACUUCUAUUGACAGCAACUUUUACAACUUGUGCAAUUAUUUCCUUGCCGCGCUUCCAGAUAACACGCUUUUCGCACGCUGCCACUCUUUACUUCUUGCUCUUUGGGGAGCCGACGGUGGCAAGACUUCCACCGAAGGAAUGCACGCUAGCCCUUUAUUGCAAAGUACUCCGCUUAUGGGCGGCAAGUUCACGAUCACGGAAGAAGAUGGGACUUUCAUCGGACCCGACGAAGUCAGCCGUAUGUUAACCGACUAUAUCAUCCAAGGCCAAGCGGCCACGGCAGUGAUGGGUCUGGUCGACACCCAGGACGAUUGGGAUGGACCAGCUUAUUGUAUGAAACACUUCUACGCAAUCGAUUUUAUGGAAGGGUCACAGCUCAUAAACGAGCUAACAGACUGGGACGGACAGAAGGCAUUCGAACUUUUAUCACUAUCUAUGCCGAAAGGAGGCGAAGAAGAAUCCAGUGACCAAAAGAAAGCCCGCGAGAUUGUCGAAGCUUGUCUCUCACGCAGUUUUGGGUUCAAGCUUGCACAUGGCCUCAUUCUGCGAGUUUGUAAAACCACACUUGGUGCGCUAUGGCGGCAAAAUUCCGACUCCGAUAUUGUGACUGGCACAUAUGCUGCUUGGCUUAGACAUGGCAUUGCGUACUGGAAUCAAAACACGAUCCCGGAUCGAGUAGCGCUUCCAUUAAUUCCUGCAACAAAAAGGGGAAGAUUGCUAGAACCGUCAAUAUAG